UCCUCCCUUCCCUCCAACGCCCCUGCUCUGAGCGCGGAGGAUAGAGCGGGUCUUGUCAACGCUCUCAAGAACAAGCUUCAGAGCCUGGCGGGGCAGCAUGCGGAUGUGCUGGAGACCCUGACCCCCAAGGUCCGGAAGCGCGUCGAGGUCCUGAGGGAGCUCCAGAGUCAACAUGAUGAGCUAGAGGCAAAAUUCUUCGAGGAAAGAGCAGCACUUGAAGCCAAAUAUCAGAAGCUUUAUGAACCAUUAUACAAUAAGCGUUAUGAGAUUGUGAAUGGUGCGGUUGAAGGUGUUACUAAUGAAGCUGCAGAAGAAAACCCUGCAGAGGAUAAAGCCAAUGGAGAAAAAGGUGUGCCUGAUUUCUGGCUCACUGCAAUGAAAACUAAUGAAGUGCUGGCUGAGGAGAUCACAGAGCGUGAUGAAGGAGCAUUGAAAUUCCUCAAAGAUAUCAAAUGGUGCAGAAUUGAUAAUCCAAAGGGUUUUAAGCUUGAAUUUUUCUUUGAUACCAAUCCUUAUUUUAAGAACUCUGUCCUGACAAAAACCUACCACAUGAUUGAUGAGGAUGAUCCAGUUCUAGAGAAAGCAAUAGGGACUGAAAUUGAAUGGUAUCCUGGAAAGUGCCUGACUCAGAAGGUUUUGAAAAAGAAACCGAGGAAGGGAUCAAAGAACACCAAACCCAUGACUAAAACAGAAAAUUGCGAUAGCUUUUUUAACUUCUUUACUCCACCUCAAAUCCCUGAUGAUGAUGAUGAUGAAAUUGAUGAAGAUACUGCUGAACAGCUACAGAAUCAAAUGGAGCAGGAUUAUGAUAUUGGAUCCACUAUAAGAGACAAGAUUAUUCCUCAUGCUGUUUCAUGGUUUACUGGAGAGGCUGUUCAGGUGGAUGAUUUUGAAAGCGUAGAGGAUGAUGAUGAUGAUGAUGAUGAUGAAGAUGAGGAUGAUGAGGAUGAAGAUGAAGAUGAGGAUGAUGAGGAUGAAGAUGAAGAUGAAGGCAGGGUCAGAAAAAAGUCAACAACUGGAAAGAAGAAGACUGGAAUUCUUUCUGGGGAAGGUCAGCAGGUGGAACGUCCAGCUGAGUGCAAGCAGCAGUAAUAUGUUUCAAAAAUAGAGAUGGUGUCAUGCGAGACCUCCUUGAGUGUAGUGUUUGAUUGUCUGUUUGAGAUGAUGAUCAAGCAGAACUCUUCUGUUCUGAUUCCCUACUGUGAUUUUAUUGGAAAUCUAGAGGAAUUGGAAUGGGGCUUGGAAAUCCUAGUGUCCUUGUCAUAUAUCAUGUCAUCGAUUUUUUUUCCGUUAUUCCAUUUUUUUCUGGGUUCUGUGGAUGGGUCUCUGUGAAAGUCUGUCAGACAACAUGUUGAAUACCCCUUCUGCUUGGGUAAGGUAAGGGUCGCACCAUGUUCCGCGCCUGUAUGAUGCAUUUUAUUCUCAUAA